AUGCUAUUGCUUUUGCGCUCAGAGGAAGUUUCAUAUAAGGGCGAGCAAUAUCCAAUUAGACGUGCUGUUGCCCAAAAUUUCUUAUUCGACCAAUGCCUUUUUGAUUUAAAAGGCGAUACUGAGCAAGGAUCAGCUUUAAUUUUAACAAAUGGCAGCACACAAUACAAAGUUCAAAUGGAAUCGACAAUAUUUAAUAGAUGCAAAUCCAAACAAGGCGGAUCAAUGUAUCUUUCAGGUGAUUUUAUUGCAUAUCUCAAAAGAGUGUGUAUUUCAGAUUGUCAUGCAGCAGAAUCAGGUGGAAUCAUGACAUCUUUAUUAUCUCAAUUACACAUAUCUUAUUUAUCUGCUGUUAACUGCAUUUCUCAGGAAAAAUGCUUAGAAAUUCAAGGAAAUCCGAUAUUAAAUAAUCUAAAUAUAUCAAAAUGUACAGUUAAUAAGCCAAACUCUUUUGGAAUUAAUUAUGCCUAUGGAAUUCUUUUUAUAUAUCAAAAUUCACAAGCAUUUCAUUUGAUAUGGAGUACAUUUAACAACAAUACGUCUCCAUGUGGUAUAUUCUAUUCAAAAAAAUGUGGAGCAAUAUCAUAUGUUUCAAACUGCAUCUUCUACAAGAAUUAUUAUUCAAACUAUGCUUUAUUUUAUGUAGAAAAUAGUGAUUCCAAUGUAAUAAAUAUUGCAAGUUCGAUAUUUUUGGCAAACGAACGCACAAAUUGCCAUUACAUUGUUGAAGCCGACUCUAGUAUUAUUAAUAUGGCUGAUGGAAAAAACUUUUUUGAUAAUAUUGAUUUUAGAGGCUCUGUAGCAACUGCUUCUGGUUACACUUACAGCCAGAAUACAGAAACCUAUCCAAUUAUUUACUAUGGCACUGCAAAUUGUUAUGCAGAAUUACCAUAUCCAAGGCAAUCACCAACAUUUAUGGAAACUCCAUAUAAUACUCCAUAUUUAACUUUGGAUGUAACGCCUAUUGAUACACCAUUAAACACUCCUUUCUCAACUGCAUAUAUAACUCCAUUCUUAACGGCAGAACAAUCAGAACAAAUGACCCCAUAUUUAACUCCCUUCACAACAGCUGAUAUUACAGAAUUUCAAACUCCAUUUGAAACAAAUCAUUUUACUCCAUUUGAAACUUUUGUUCAAACUCCUUUCUCAACCGCAAAAAGUACGUUUUAUCAGACUCCAUAUGAAACACCUUUCUCAACAGCUUAUGGAACAGAAAUAGAGACCCCAUUUGAAACAUUUGCCAUCACUCCAUUUGAUACAAACCACUUUACCCCAUUUGAAACUUUCGUUCAAACACAUUUCUAUACUGCAGAACAAACCCCAAGCUCAUCGCCAAUUGGUCAAAAAGAUAGAACGGCAUUCGAAACUCCGGUUAGAACAUUUUAUUUGACGCCAAUGCAAACAGAGAAGAUUCCUGUUCCAGAGAGUUCAGAAAAUCAACAUCAGGACAAUUCUCCCACAGAUGUCCAAAAUCAAACUCCAAAAGUUAAGGAUUGUCCGAAUGAUCAACAAGUUUCAACAAAAGAUAAAAAGAUCAAAUCAUGGGUAUGGGCAGUUGUUGCAGUAGCAAUUGUCAUUCUUAUUGCUAUAAUUGUCAUUAUUAUAUUUUUGUUUGUGAGAAAAUCCAAAGAUGAUGAUUCUCAAGAAAUGUCUGGUGUUUCUGAUGGAGAAGUUACAAAUGUAAUUUCUACAGGAACAGUGAAACUGAAUCAGCUUUCGGUCACUGUAGACAAUCCGCUAUUUUCAACAAAUGCUCAGGAAAGUGAUGAUAUAUUCCAAAUGACAGCCCAAGAUUCCGUCAAUAGGAUUGAUUUGGAUUAUUAA